UUUGAAAGCUUUAAGCAAUUAAAUUAUUGAGGGAAUAAAAAUGCUUUACAUAUUGAUGUUUCUAAUACCCUUUGUAGUAAUCAGUGCCAAUAUGUUUCCAUCAGGUUACAAUCUAGUUAAUCACACAAUCUGCAUUACAAAGAUCACAGAUCUAACUUUAGAAGAUGAAAGGCUAUUAUUAUCAAAUUUAAAAUGUCCACCAAGAACAUAUUUUAUUGGAAAACAACGAGUCUCGUGGUUCGAAGCCUAUGUCUUAUGUCUGCAAUAUGGUAUGGAGUUGGCAAGUGUAGAAUCUGUAGAAGAGGAAAUGACUAUAGAAGAACUUCUAAAGCUAGAAGCUGAUGGAAGCAAGUUAAUUUUUUAAUUAUUCAUGUAAAUUUAUGUCCAGUUUUUUAUUAGGUGGUUUCUGGAUAUCGGGUACCAAACUGGGAACUUGCAACAUGUACGUUUUUUUCACAACUGGAAAGCCAGUGAUUUAUAAUAAAUUUGCUAUUGGACAGCCAGAUAAUGCUGGAAAUAGAGAAGAAUGUUUGGAAAUUUAUAAGAAAAGUGAUAAUGAAAUUUAUUGGUACGAUAUGC